AUGUUCCGCCAAGGCGAUUCUCUUGAAGACUGCAUUGAAAUCCGAAUUGGUCAGGGUAAACUCGAUAUUCAAAGUGGCCACGUUGCCGAGGGCGAAGUCGCCGGUGACGUGAACUGCAAUGAUCUCUCUGUAAAUGAGAUCAUCGAUUCCAUAUUGGAGCGUAUUGGUGAUCCAGUCAUAGAACAGAUGGUUUUGGCAGUAAGAAGGAAAAUCCCUAAAGAAAACGGAAAGAGGGAGAGGAGCGUAGUCCUUGCAGGAUUAUCUAAAGCUCCACCCGAACAGUCGCUUCUGGAUAAAAAGCAACAUCAGAGGAGGAUGUGGCCCAGGUAG